AUGUCCCAGCCCCGCCAGAGAGCGACCUGGCGAGAAGGUGAUGGGACGCGACAGGCAAACCACCAUUGGUCAACUCAAUCUGAACCAUCACCUCGAGAUGGGCACCAUUCUCCACGCCAACCCUGUCGUAGAUCCGACCCUGCCUCGCCGAUCGAAUCCCCACUCUCGAUAUGCUCUAGCCCUGACUUUGAUGGCAGCUAUGACAUGGACUCAUACUGUCACGAGCUCACCUUGCCUCUUCGCAUUAGUCCUGCCCCAUCAGAGCCAUUUAUGCUUCGACUAUGCAUCCAUCCCGACUUUAUUCCGGUUCCUGACGGUAUGAUUCACUUGGGCCGAGACUCUGCAUUUGUCUCGCAUACAACUUCCCUCCAUGAGCCGGCUCUUGUCCACAUCAAUUAUGAGCUCAUCGACUUGUGGGCUAAUGCUCAGCGGAGCGCAUCUCCUUCAUCCCGAUCCUCGCCUGAGCCACCAUUGGAACCAGGGGCAGCUCCAGAAAGAGCCAUAACACGCUUGUCCAGCCUGGUGGGCCAGACUCCAUAUCUUCGCUGGUCUGUUUUUGCCUGUGCCAUUGCCCUUCUCGCCAUCCUCAUCGCAUCCUUUGCCAGCCAAGGUCAUCCAGCCUGGGUCUUGGCGUCCUCUACUGAUCAGACGGCCGAAUAUCUCAUCUGGCAGCCCAUCCACAUGCUCUACCGCGACUACGAGGAACCAUUACUUCCCCUCGUCACACCUGUUGAACACGCCGACAACCCACUCCUCCCACUGGAGCCAUACAAUCUCGUCGGCGCGCUGAGAAGCGAGCUGACCGAAGUCAGCUACGGGGUGGCUUCCUGGCAGGGCAGCUCCUUGCCUGGACCAGAGGCUAACCUGGCAGAUCGUAUCAUUCACUGCCUGAGGCGAUUCGGGACCAUGCAAUUUUACUACAGGGAUCUAUUUCGCGUCACACGCACUCUUGUCAAUGCGCAGACGGCUGUCACUCUCGCCCAUGCCAUCAACCAGGGUACGUCGGACCACCAGAUCAGAAACUCGAUCAACGGCUUCUGGCAGCUUCAAGAAGCACAGAACCGACAUGCAUUGAAGUCACUUUGGGCCCUCAGGAGACAGCUGCAAGCCAUCAGGAACGAUAUUGUGCCCAUCUUCAAUGAUGUCGACCAAGGUUUGAGACCGCACAUUGAUGACCCCCGGAGAGGGUGGACUCGGGAUGCAAUCGACGCCAUCGACUUCUCCCGUGAUCAUAUCUUGCCUCUUAUCGAGUGGAUAGCUAGCCGUAUCGACCGGGCUAUCACCAAGCUGUCCGGCCUUGAUUCGAGACUGGCUCUUCAGGUCGAAUACUGGCAGAACAUGACUAUCAACCAGGGCACUACCCGGAAGGUCACAUGCCACCAUGAGACUGAUCAUCAAAAGUCUUCCAUCUCAGGUUGGGUUCUGGCCUGCGAGGAGGUGACUACUCACUGGCUGCUGGAUAAUCGCACGAUUGAAGAGCUGGGCAACGUUGGGAAUAGGGGCGCCGAGAUGGGCAAGGCCAUCAAGAUCAGGGAUUGGUGGUAUGACAAGAUCCGUCCGCCGAGGCCAAGCAAGAGGGGCAAGCGAUAA